UUUAGGAGUUCCCAUUUGUGGCAAAGCGGAAAUGAAGCCAACUGGGAAUUAUGAGGUUGCAGGUUUGAUCCCUGGCCUCGCUCCGUGGGUUAAGGAUCCGGCAUUGCCGUAAGCUGUGGUGUAGGUCGCAGAUGCAGCUCGAAUCUAGAAUUUCUGUGGCUGUGGCAUAGGCUGGCAGCUGUAGCUCUGAUUCACCGCCUAGCCUGGGAACCUCCAUAUGCUGCAGCUGUGGCCCUAAAAAGCAAAAAAAAAGAAAGAAAAGAAAAUUAGGGUUUUUAGAUAUUUAGUGUGCCCCCCACUGACUUUGAGUCUCAUGGAAAAUGAUCCAUUACAGGAAAUGUGAGAUACAUGUAUUUCCAGCAGUAGAGAUACACACACAUUUCAAUCAUUUGUGUAAGGCACUUUGACCACUUAUAUUAUGGCUGGUUUCGUUAUCAACUAUGGUCACAAAUGAGGGUUUGAGUGGCUCAACAAAACGUUCCUUUCUGGGAAGGACGUAAAUGGAGACUUGAAGUUUGUUUUUUCAGCAUAAAGGAGUUGGAGCACAUUUAGAAUAAUGGGUUUGGUUAAAGGUAUCACAUUUUAUGAAAACUGACAAAACCAGAGUGCCUCAAAGAAAGCACGUACUGUGACGAUCAGACAAAUAAGCAGGGGAUAUUUAACUUGGAAAACGAAACAAAACAAUGCUUGGCAGAAUAUAAUAGGCACUUUAGUCUAUUUGAAAGGCUAUUAUGUGGAAUAGAGUAUAGACUUAUUCUGGGUAGUUCCACAAGUUAGAAGUAGGACAAACUGAAACUCCACUGAGACACUCUUCAGGCCAAUAUAACAUAGCCAUCCAGCAACCGUGGUGUUGAGAGAUUCUUGCUUUGGUGGGAAACCAGACCAGGUGAAAGCACCUGGUACGGGUUUUUGGAGAAGGCUGACCUUUCCAUCAGCAGAUUGAGUAAAGCGGAUAUCCCUCCCUAACGCGGGUGGGAUUCAGCCAAUCAGCUGAAGACCUGAAUAAAAUAAAAAAGCCGACCCUCCCGCAAGUAAGAGGGAACUGCUCCUGCCUUUGAGCUGGGACAUCAGCUUUUUUCCUGCCUUCAGAGUCAAACCGAUGUUGACUCUUCUUCAGUCUCUACCCUGCUGACUUUCUACCUGAACUUAAUCAUCGGCUCUUCUGGCCUCAGGCCCUUGGACUUGGCCUGAACUAGACCGUUGGCUCUCCUGGGUCCCCAGAAAGCAAGCCCUUUCUUCAGUUCUAACAGAUUCUUCCUAAGCCUUUGGUGAACACCCUGUGACGCGAGAUGGCUGCAAACAAGCCCAAGGGCCAGAAUUCCUUGGCCUUGCACAAGGUCAUCAUGGUGGGCAGCGGCGGCGUGGGCAAGUCCGCUCUGACUCUGCAGUUCAUGUACGACGAGUUUGUGGAGGACUACGAGCCGACGAAGGCAGACAGCUAUCGGAAGAAGGUGGUGCUGGACGGGGAGGAGGUGCAGAUCGACAUCCUGGACACGGCGGGCCAGGAGGACUACGCGGCCAUCAGAGACAACUACUUCCGCAGCGGCGAGGGCUUCCUCUGCGUCUUCUCCAUCACGGAGCUGGAGUCCUUCGCGGCCACCGCCGACUUCAGGGAGCAGAUUUUAAGAGUAAAAGAAGAUGAGAACGUUCCAUUUCUGCUGGUUGGAAACAAAUCAGAUUUAGAAGAUAAAAGGCAGGUUUCUGUAGAAGAGGCCAAAACCAGAGCGGAUCAGUGGAAUGUUAACUACGUGGAAACAUCCGCUAAAACGCGAGCCAAUGUCGACAAGGUGUUUUUUGAUUUAAUGAGGGAAAUUCGAGCCCGAAAGAUGGAAGACAGCAAAGAAAAGAAUGGAAAAAAGAAGAGGAAAAGUUUAGCCAAGAGAAUCAGAGAAAGAUGCUGCAUUUUAUAAUCAAAGCCCAAACUCCUUUCUUAUCUUGACCAUAUACUAAUAAAUAUAAUUUAUAAGCUUUGCCAUUGAAGGCUCAAUUGACUGAAAUUACUUUAACAUUUUGGAAAUUGUUAUGUAUCUCUAAAAGCAUGAAUUGGAACUGCACUGAAAGUCAAAUUCACUUAAAAAAGAAAUUAAUGUGGCUUCACCAAGAAGCAAAGUUCAACUUAUUUCAUAAUCGCCUACAUGUAUCACGGUCUGAAUGUAGCGUGGGAGCUUGUGUUUUGCCGGCAAUCUUUCUUGAACUUACUCAGAUGAGAUCGGGGUGGGCAGUGGGAGGAAAGGCCGCGUCCUCUGGUUUGUUAUAAAGCUUAGAUUUUAUAUCCUUUUAAACUGUCUUGGUCUUCUACUGCCUUGAAAAAUGACAGUUGUGAACAUGAUUGUUAAGCUGUACCACUUUUUAACCAUUGUUAUGCGAAAUACAGAGACGCCGUUACUGGCAUGAUUGUUGCAUACAGUUAAAUCGAGAGUCAUUCGUCUGUGAGCUUCCAUUACUGGUGAUUAACUUAGAAAAGUGGUGGCAACUUGUACAUGGAAAUGUUUUCUAUGCCUUAAUUUAGAAACCGAACAUACCCGCUCGUCGUUCUGGGUGUGUCCUCCCUGAGCCUGGCCCCGCUGCCCAGGUGUCCUGGAGAGGGACUAGAGGUCCACGCAGAGUGGAGAACAACUUCUGUGUAGAAGACUCUCGAGAAAUAACUGCUAGGAGUCUGUCCAAUUGAAACUGUGUGCCAUACUCUGGUUCUCGAAAGGAAGGUUCCAGAGCGCCUUGCUCGCUUUUAAUUAACCCUAAUGGAGUUGAAAAGGAAGGGCCAGCAUUUGCUUGUAGGAUUCCGUACUAGUGUUUCAGUGAACCAACCCUCUUUCUCCAAGAUGCUGGACCCUGCAGAUCCCUUUCGGCAAGUGGCCAGUGUGUGGGAAGUUUCUGACGCCCGGGAGCCGGGCGCAGAGAAGCCAGAACCUUCGGGAACCGUGGUGCUGCCGCCCGUGAACGGCUCCGCUUGUGCUCCUGGGGCUGCAGUUUGGCUGCACGGGAGGUGCCGGGCGUCCCUGUGGUCUGUGGCUGUAAUGAGGACCACAGCUGCACCCCCCAAGCUGUCCUCAAACCACCAAAGCCAAGCACAGCGCAGACGGCGCGUGUGCCCCAGACGGUAGGCCCGGGCCGUGCGCUGCGCCGCUGGGGCCCACCGGCCACUCGAGAACCUAAUCCAGGGGGAAACACGCCCCUGUCAGAUUCCUCUCUGUCGAAUGAGCUGUCCUGGUUUCAUCCCAGAGUGUUUCUUUUGGCUCCGUCCUAAUUUCAACAAGUCAAAGACGUGCUUGGCCUUCCAGGUAGCAGAUGUGCAUAUGUGAAGCUCAACUAGGCUCUUUAGGAACCGAACUCCUUAGAUGCUGCGUCCAGCUUGUCAUGCGGAACAUUUGCCCUUCAGGGGUCGAGGUGUACAUCUUUCCCUUCCUGUUUCCAUAGGCUGUGCUGUGUGCAGAAGUAAACGUCCAUGGAAGCCCGGCCCUCGGGCACAGCGCUCUCCGUGUGAACGCAUCGCCGUGUCCCUGAGCCGGGCCCAACCACUACCAUUGUGACUCUGCUUUGAGGCCUUUCCUCUCCUGGGUACCGAGGUGCUAUGAAGCCAAACGACAAAGAAGCAUCAUGUGUCUUAGGCUGAUGCCACUACCCGAUUGAUUUCUUUGCAAUUUGAGCCAUUUAAAGACCAAUAAACUUUCUCUUUUUUUUUUUUUU